AUGGAGAUGGGCGAGGAGGGAGACCCAGGAGGGGGAAGGGAGGUGAGUGCCCAGGGACAGGGCGCGAGGGGCAGGGAGGCCCAGGCGAGGGGCGAGAGGGACGGCAGAACCCAGUGGAGAAGGGCGAGGGCGACGGGAGAGCCAGGGAGAGUGGGCGAGGGGACGGCAGGCCCAGGGAGAGGAGGGAUGGGCGACGGCAGUGCCAGGGAGAGGGGCGAGGGGACGGCAGGCCAUGGAGAGGGGAGGCGGAUCGGUGAGGCCCAGGUGAGAGGGGCGGAGGAGAUCGGGAGUGCCCUAGUUAGAUGGGGCGAGGCGGAGGAGGCGCCCAGGAGAGGAGGCGAGGGCAGUGGUACACCCAUGGAGAGUGGGGAGGCAGAGGGGAGAACGCAGGGGAGAGGGGCGAGUGGGAGGGGAGGCCCAUGGAGAGGGGCAGAGGGGAGUGGGAGGACCUCAGGGAUAGUGUGA